AUGCUGUCUCAAUAUUUCACUCUGCUGGCCAUCUGCUUGAUGCCUGUUCUGGCAGCUCCCCAGGCCCAGGGCCUUGACAAGAGGGCCGUCAGCUGCCUCUCAGUCGGAGCAACUGCCACUGCUCGGUGGACCAACGCCGCAGGCCAGAGCUGCACAUUCACUGGCGUUGUUGGAAGCAACUACGGAGCCAACGGCGCCGGCGCAGGAGAUUACUCCUGCAACGGUCGUUGCGGUGCCGGUUGCACCGGAUCUUCAGUCGGGAAUGCGUACACGCAGGACUGCUUCUCCCAUGACAUUUGCUCAUACUUUAACAACGCCAGCGGCGGCGCGAGUGACCCCAACUGCGGUGCCGCUUACAACGCGGCCGUGGACGAUACUGCUUUCGGAACUCUCAAUGGAUGCGGCCGUACUAACCCUUCCAACGCGGUCUCUAAGCCGUCGACGAGGCCUGUAUGUCGAUGA